AUGGGGGUGUGGUUGGCGGAGCUGCUAGUAGCCGAAAAGCAGAGGGCGAAUUUGUUGGUGGAAAAGGUGUCGUUUAACGGUGUGGAUGUUGUGUACAGCCGGGAAGCUGCAGCAGCUCCACCCCCACCAGCUGGGGCUGGGGCGGGACCCCCUCCUGCCAGUGGACGGGCUUCCUACAGAGGUGGGGCAAAGGAGCCCCGGCCUGGGAUGGCGGGAGAAGUACCUCGGCCACCCAUCGAGGAGAUAGCAUCUAUGUCCAUAGGCACUGGAGAUGCUAGCGAGGUGGGAAGGAAGCGAUCUGACUUCCGUUACACUGAUCUGAACACAAGGCCAGCACACAUAGCUGAUAAGAAGGGAACCUCGGGCCGCCCCAUGCCUGUUUUGGCAAAUUUCUUCCGCCUGGAGACUGCGCCGGAUUGGAUGUUGUAUCAGUAUCAUGUGGACUUCAAUCCAACCAUUGACUCCAGGAGGUUGAAGAAUGCAUUGUUAAUGUCACAUAUUGAAAGUCUGCUUGGAAAUACUCGGGCUUUUGAUGGCAUGAUUUUGUACUUGCCCAGGAAACUACCACAACAGACAACUGAAGUUUACUCCAACAGGAAUUAUGACAGUGCACAGAUCCGUAUUACGAUCACGCUUACGAACGAGCUGCCACCAACAUCACCACAGUUUAUUCAAGUGGCCAACAUUCUCUUUCGCAAGUACCUCUCCAUGAUCAAUAUGAAACAAAUCGGAAGGCAUUACUUCAACCCAACAUUGUCUAUAGACAUUCCCAGGCACAAGUACAACAACAAAACUUACAGAGUGGAUGAUAUCGAUUGGGACAAGAAUCCUCUGGACACCUUCAAGAUGAGCGACGGCUCCCAAAUCACAUACAAGGAGUAUUACAAGAAGUCUUAUGAGAUCACAGUCACAGAUGACAAACAGCCACUGCUGGUCUCCAAACCAAAGAAAAGUGACAUCCGACGAGGCCAGACAGAACCAAUCUACCUUCUGCCUGAACUGUGUACACUGACUGGCCUGUCUGAAGAAGUUCGGGCAGACUUUAACGUGAUGAAGGACGUGGCAACCCACACAUGCAUUGGGCCAGAGGGCAGGAGUAAACAGUUGACAGCAUUCAUCAACCAGCUGAAUGCUGAACCAAAGAUAGCAGAAGAUAUGCGUGGAUGGAAACUGCGCUUCCAGCCACAGUUGUUGCCGAUACAAGCUAGGGUUGUUCCUCAGGAGAAAAUUCGACAAGGCAGGGAUGCUGAGGUUCACUACAAGCAAGAGGAUGCUGAUUGGUCAAGGGAUAUGCGAGGCAAGCAUUUGCUCGUACCGGUCAGCCUGGAAAACUGGGUAGUCCUGUCCACUCAGAGAGACUCUCCAUUGGCACAAGACCUGGUGCAGACUCUAGGCAGGGUUGGACCACCCAUGGGCAUGAACUUCAGCAAACCUCUCAUGUGUCAGCUUCAGAAUGACCGCAAUGAGACCUACCUUCAGUAUUUACGACAGAAUAUCACUGAGCAUACACAGAUGGUGAUAUGUCUCUGUCCCAACAACAAGAAAGACAGAUACGAUGCCAUCAAGAAGUUUUGCUGUGUUGAACACCCAGUACCAAGCCAGGUAGUAGUUGCACGGACUGUGAGCAAGAAGCAGAUGCUGAUGUCUGUGGCGACCAAGAUCGCCAUUCAGCUGAACUGCAAACUUGGAGGUGAAGUUUGGGCAGUGGAAAUCCCGCUGAAUUACACGAUGGUCGUUGGUAUUGACACCUAUUAUGACUCCGCCAGGAAAGGUCGUUCUGUUGCUGGUGUAGUAGCCAGUGUGAACAAGAAUCUGACCAGGUAUUACAGCAAAUGUACCUUCCAAUUCUCCCACCAGGAGUUGAUAGAUGGGCUUCGGACAUCCUUUACAGGGGCGUUCAAGAAGUUCCAUGAAGUGAACAACACACUGCCUGAGAAGAUCAUCGUGUACCGAGAUGGUGUGGGAGACGGACAGCUGCCGGCUGUGUAUGAGCACGAAGUGCCACAGAUGAUACAGGCCAUCUAGAAGAGUGGAAGCGCUGAAUAUGAGGAACAAUCCGAGUGCCGGCUCCAUGUCAGUAUGCCCAUAAGCUGGCUUUCCUUGUUGGUCAGUCUCUUCAUAAGGAUCCAUCUCCAUCGCUGUCAGACAAGCUUUUCUUCCUCUGAGGAUGA